AUGAUUCAGGAUCGAAAUACCUCGACAAGAACAUUGGCAAAUACUAUGUUGUACCGCUACAUCAGUCGUAAGCGAAUCUGUGAGAUUACGAAUAGUCAGGAGCGCCGUAUCUUAGCUGGCACUUUUAAGGACGAACUAGGCAGUUUUACAGCCAUUUAUGGUGUAGAAAUUACUGAUGUGGAAAUGUCGGAUGUGAAAAUCAUCAAGGAAGGCGAGGACAUGGGAAUGGCAGCUUUAAGUGCCGUAGUAAAGUCAGACGCUGGGCAGAAGCUGUGGGAGGUGAUAGCUCCUCACGUCGAGGAAUUCGCUCGAGAAGCAGUCGAAAAAGUCGGGGAAACGUCUGUAUCACAACAAUGCAACGCUCAAACUACUACCAUACCUCCGAAGGAAGAAUGCCUCAUAGAUUUCGACGACGCCAUCGACGAAGAUCGCCUUAUAACCGCCAUUAACAUGGCUAUCGAUGACCAGCUGGCCAAAGCGAUAGGCAAAAUCUUCCAAGUAAAUUGCGUAGGUCGGGCUCCUAUGUACAUCGACCUAAGGCGACAACCUGCCAUCUGCGCUAGGGGCACUUCACCUAACCCUGAUGUGGUCUUUGAGAUGAGUCAGGCUAUAUUUGUGAAGAUUAUUAAGGAAGAAUUGUCACCUAUGAAUGCAUACAUGCAAGGAACGCUAAAGAUAUCCGGUGCGAUACAGGAUGCUUUGUCGCUAAAAUAUCUGGCGGAAAGGGUUAAACAGUUACUUUAA